AACUGAAAAAAGAACUGAAUAUUUAACACGAUCCAUUCUUAUUUUGUACACAAAGUGCCAUCUGGCUAGUCAUAAGCUGAUACAUUGCCACAAAAAUACUGGAGAUUGUUACCUUGAAUUCCAAACCAUGACAACGAGAUCGCGGACUUCUGAAGUACUGUUUAAAAUGCAUAAAUUUAUCGUUUGUGUAAGGAACUUUGAGUAAAUAAUAAGUGCACAAAAUAGUAACUACUUCACGUUAGCUCAAAAAGGUUCCAAUUUUAAACUCAGUAUUGUGCCUGAUGAGGCAACCCAGGAUGAAUUGCAUAUCAAAAAUCUUUGUGGCUAAUCUGUUUAAAUUGAUUGGUUUCUUUACUCUUCCUGCCUGUUGCUUCAAUACGCAAAGCAGAUAGCACGUAUGUGAAGUUGUACGUUUUCUGAUUACGUAUUUUGCUUGCCCGGAGUGUCGUCUUACAGUCCCAGCUAAACAGAUAAGUGAGGAAAUUCGACAUACCUAUGAUUUACCGUCCGUCAGCCGAUACUCACUCAUAGGAAAAUACUCUUCUCAUUUAUUAACAAUCCUAAAUUACACUUCAUAUUUUGUCCAUCACUAAUUUUACUUAUUUGCAUUAUCAGUCACCCGACAGACCAUCUAGUAACUUGUCAUCUCCAUCCACAUGACUUUUUUGUGUAAAUCUCUGCACAUUUACUUUCCUUAUUACCUAAUCAAUAAAAUAAGUAUAUACUCGCUUCGGCUUCUAUGUUUUCUCUGAUUCUUUAUUUUUGCUUUUAAAAUCUGCAUUACGACUCAACAGACCACUGCUUUGUAACGUGAUACCUGGUGGUCCUAGCAAUCUCACCACCCUGGAACAAACGCAUCCAUCGUUCGAUCAUAAUUUCCAAAUGAAAACUCCAAAAUUAAAACAUAAAAGAUCCCCUAAUGAAAUUGAACUUAAUGAUCAUUCCUCAACAACGGAUCAAUUAUUUUUAAUUUUAUCAUUAGAUAAAGCUGAAAAAUUUUUCAAUCAUUUAAAUAAUGAUAAACAACUUAAAUUAGAAAUACAAAAUUAUUUAGAAGAAUCAAAUUUGUUAUUACAAAGACCAAAUUUACCGUUUGAUUCUUUCAUAAAAACGGAUUUAUUCAAUAAACAAAAUAAUCAAAUGAAUUCUACAAUAGAUUUAAUGAAUAAUCAUUUCAAUAAACUGAAACUUAAAAUAUCAUUAUGGGAUUCUGCAUUAAUCAAUUAUUUUGUUGAAUGUAUUCAAUGGUCAACAACGAAAUGGAUUUAUGAAUUUUAUAAUUAUCAAAAUAAUAAAUUCAAUUCUAUUGAACAUAAAAUUCAUCAUUCAAUGUUUCAAUCAUUAUUCAAUAUAAAUACUAAUAAUAAUAAUCAUAAUUAUAUAAAUAUAGAAAAAUUAAUGUGUAUUAUCAUUAGUUUUACAAUGGCUUAUAUAUUAUUACGUCAUUUACAAUUAUGGCAAUUAGCAAAUAAACAUUUAUGUGAUAAUCAAAUGGAAGUGAAUCAGAAUAAAGAAAAUUUAAUUAAAACUAAUAAAACAACAUGUUUAAUAGGAUCAAUUCGUUUCUUUAAAUCCUUAUUUCAAUUAUCACCUACAUCCAACCCAAUUAAUGAUGAUAAUAAUAAUAAUAAUAACAAUAAUGAUGAAAUUAAUCUUAUACGAUUUGAAAAACAAUUUUCCGGUUACUUAUUUAAUCUUGAUUCAGUAGCGGCAAAAUCAUUAAUAGAAUAUUUUUCAAAAAAUUUUUUAAAUAAACAUCAUUUAUUAGAGAAAGUAUUUGGACCAUAUACAGCAAUAAAUCAAAAAUUAAUAAAAAUUCCUUGUCCACUUUAUUUUGAUACAUUAUUGGAAACAUUUGAAACAUCAACAGAUUCUGUAUGGCCAGCUCCAUUAUCUGAAGCUAUUCCACUUAAAUUUAUUUCAAAAUAUUCUGAAUUGUUUCCUGAAAAAGUAACUAAAUGGUUAAAAAUUUAUAAACCAGAUGAUAUUCCGAAAGAAAUUCAACAACAACAACAACAAGAGCAACAUGAGAAACAAAAUGAACAAUCUAUAUCUUCAGUAAAAGAAAUUCAAAUAGAUGAAGUAAAACAAGAAGAAUUAGAUCCAAUGUUCAAAUAUCUUACUUCUAUUGAUACAUUAAAUUUAGAUGAAUUGAAUGCAAUCAUUGAAGUAAAUCCAAUAGAAUUGGAUGGUAUUAUACAAAAGUUACUGAUUGAAUUACCUAUAAACUAUUGUAAUAAAGAUUAUUUAAAUAAAAUAAAACAGAAACAAAUUGAAUUAGGUAAACAAUUAAUUGAUAGAGCAAAAGUUAGAAUUACUGAAUGGAAUGAUCAAAAUAAAUCAAAAUAAGAUGAGUAUUUAUACUAUCAGAAGAAUGAAUCUCCUUUUUUCUUCUUCUUCUUCAUAUAAUGUAUAGGUUAAAGUAUACAAAAAUAGACAGGAAUAAAUCUUUCUUUACCCUGGUAACAUUAACCCCCUCCCUUUUUAUUCAUUUAUUUCUAUGUAUUUAUUUAUUGCGUUAUUAUUCCAACUCUUUCAGAAGUUUAAAUUACAUAAUACAUAACUGACUGAUUUCAAUUCAUAUUUUCUUUAUUACCAUUAAUCUAUUUUCGUGAGUUCUAAUCACUAUUUCAAUGUUCCGGAACUUUCCCUCUCAAACUUUAUUUAUUCGAGACAAAAAUUUUAUGGUCUCAUUAACUCUAUUGGAAUCUUAGCUACACCAUGAUACAUUUACUCAUCCUUAAUCACCCUCUUAUGUAUAAGUUGUAAGCAGCUGAUGAGAACCUAACGAAAUAAAAUGAAUCCAUUUAUUAUUCUGCAUCAAUCUUUAUUUUUGCUCUCUUUAAGAUAAUGUAUUUUCAUUCUAUAGUAAAGAUGAUAUAUUGUGUUUUAAACUAUUCACUUUAAAUAAAUCCUAUGACAAAUAUGUUUAGAACAAUUAGUCCCUUUGAUAAAU